ACUCCUGUCACCUGGACGAUGACACUGCGGACUGGGAAGACGCCUUUUAUAUGUAUUUCGUUAUUAUUUGAUAUUGAAACAAUCAUAUAACUUGUUUAAACUCUGGUUUCAAGACGAAUUAUAAACCGACAGUCUUUAAGAUGACAGAACAUUUAAGUAAAUCGGCGUAUCCUUGCUUUCUUCCGGGUGUGGACCAUUAGCAAAUUAUUCCAAAACCUUGCACGUUAGCAGUAGCACAUGGAAAAAUGAACGUGGAUAUUGAAUUAAAACAAAUUCCACCGAAAGAAAACGAUUUGUUGGAUAAUAAUAACUGGCAGAAUGAACGUGCUGUCAAACAACAGGUAACAACAGAGAAUGGAGAUUCGUCCCAUGACACACAGGAAGCAACAGAAAACAGUCACCUGCUGUCUGCAGAUCAGACAGCUGUUACUAAUGGGGCGCAGUGUGCUCAUGGAGGCAGUGUGUCAGAUGGACAGGACUCCUGCUCCAUCACUCUGGAGGAGAGCAGCCCACACACUGGACAGAUAGAGCCAUCAAAUGGACAGAAGAAAAAGUGCCUCUACUCAAACCUUAAUGAAGUGGUUGUGUGGAAGCUGAAAUUAUGGAUGGUCAUUUCCCUCAUCUUUCUGCUCAUCAUCACAGUCAUUGUUCUGGCCCUGGUCCUUUACUCAGUUGUGUACACCGACGAGGAUGACACCUUUAACCGCGAGUUAUUUGUGGUUCCACGCAUCUACAGUGGCACACUCAGGUUGGUCAACCAGGAGUUUUCAGAAGACCUGCGGUCGCCCACAUCUCCCCAGAGUCAGGCCCUGUCCACCCAGCUGAAAGAAAAGCUCUCUGAUCUCUACAGUUCCUCUCCUGCUCUGGGACGAUACUUCUCCAGUGCCGGCAUGUAUGAAUUCCGGAAUGGCAGUGUCACCGCCUACUAUUGGCUGAAGUUCCUGAUCCCCCAGGAGCACAAUCAGCUGGUCCGUUACACCCUGAGCCAGGAGAUGGUGUACAACGUGCUCCGCCAGUACCUGUAUGACCAGGAGCCUGACACUAAGGAGCCCUUUUAUAUUGACCCUGCUUCAGCUUACAUGCAGGUUGGGAAUACUACAGUACUUGAAUGAAACAAGGCCCUGCUUGAACUUCAGAAGUCCACCAGCAAGGCAUUCCCUGUCUGACACUGUGAUACUUAGGAAGCAGUUAAGACCUUCAGACUCACGAGAGGAUGGCCUUAUAACAAAGGACAGGGAGGGCAUAGGAUGGUGUGUGUCACAGGACAUGUCCCUAAAUAGGGAGGUAUGUGCCAACCCAAUCUUCUGGGUUUAUCAACGUGCACUGGAAUUGCCAGUACAUUCUGGAUUUAUCUGCACACUCCACACUUCAAGAUGCACUCUGAAUUUUCCAGCACAUUCUGGACUGUUUGCAUGGACACAAGACGAAGCCAGUACAACUUUGUGACAGCUGCUUUGAAAGGAAGUUUCCUGUUUAUAAACAGACAUUUGCGCUCCUGGUUUUGCUUAGUGUGUAUGAAUACAGAUCAAGCAAAUGCCUAAACAAUGAGCACAGGCUGCUUUGUCUAAAUAAAUAAAUUUUAUUCAAAGCUAGAUUUUUCCAUAUAUUCAAACCGUUUAUUUUCCAUAAAGGGAACUUCACAGCUUUUAGUUUGAAAUUUGGUAA